AUGGCCUUCGACCGUCUUGUUCUGCCUGCCGAGCCUCUGGCCAAACAUGCUCAUGGCUUCGAAGAUACUAUGCUGGCCCUUUUGGGCACAACACCUGACUCUGCUGGCCGGAGGGAUAAACUUUUGAGCUUGUGGAUGGACGAUAGUGCUUCGGAAACGUUACACGAGUCCUGGAAAACCAGCCGUCUCUAUGGCACGUUGGAGAAAAUGUUGUCGCACUCCGAUAUGUCUUCAUCGCAUGGUUCGAGCAAGAGGCCACGGGACGAAAAUGAUACCGGCGCGUUAGAUUCGACGAGCGGUUGGGGUCUCAGACUUGAUUGCAGUUCUACACCUUUGGCGCAUGAUGCGCCACGAGUAGUAGGACUUUCCUCUUCCCAAAAUGUCAAGAGACCUCGAUUGUCACAGUCGGGUGACGGCGUGUCGGUACCGCAGACCACUGGCAGAGUGCAACCUCUGAAACUUCCUCCGCAGACAUCGCAGCUGUUGGACACAUAUUUCGCCGUCACUCACUCCUGGUUCCCGAUCGUGGCGAAGCAUAAUAUUCUUCGAGCAUCCUAUCUUUACGCAAGCGCCCCUUUGUCUGUUGAGAGCAUGUCACCGGGAUCCGGUGACCACGCCGCACUGUGGGCAGUUCUUAGCUACACCGUUUCUCACUCGCGAACCAAUGCACGGGAUGGGGCUUUCGAGGUUCUCGCCACGACAAAGGAGUAUUACACCAUCGCUCGAGGCCUGAUACCUUCCGAAACGGCGCGUUACGAGCUUGGGCAUGUGCAGGCGCUUCUGUUGCUGACAUUGGUGAACAUCGGGCUUGAAGAUUGGACGGCCGCUUGGCUGCUAAGCGGUCAAGCGGUGCGCAUGGCUAUUUCCAUGAAUCUAGGCACGCGCGCAGACAUAAGUCGCUCCGACGAGCUGCGGCAAGGGAAAGCUGUUUUCCUCGGCUGCUUCGUCGUCGAUUCUUUACUUUCCUUUCGAAUAGCACGGAGACCUUGCAUGCACCCUCGAGAUCUGACUAGUGUCGGGUUGCUGGAAGAAGACGGCUUGGAAGAAUGGAAUUCGUGGGCUGACGUUCUGCCCUCCAAAGGAACAGCUCAGGGAAGGACACCUCAACGCGGCCCCCUUCUUGCCCUUAGCUGCUUCAACCGGUUGGUGGAGCUGGCUAGUGUUUUGAACAAAAUUGCUCGUGACGCAGUCGGUAUGCCUAAUGUUCAUACGUUUGCGCAACAACUGGUGCUCGAACUGAAACAAUGGGACGAUCGUCUGCCCCUUGGAUGCCGUCUCAUUGGGCCUGAGAGUAUCUAUCCUGAACGCCACUCGUCUCUACUCCCUCAUCAGAGCUAUCUAGGGUUGACGUAUGUUGCUACACUAUUAUGGUUGUAUUUGCGCAUUGUUCCCCAGGAGCUCGAUCUGCAUCGCUCGCAGCGGCCUGCCAUCGAAGGUGCGAAGAAACUUUUAUUCCGCGCCCUGUCUAUGAUCACCCAACAUUUGGAAAAUUUUCCUACGUGCACCCUUCCCCCUAUCUUUGAGCUUUCUUUACGCACCAUCGCCGAGCAAGCAUCUGUUUUGCAAAGCAAAACUGAGUCUGACACGUUUCCUUUCGCGCGAUGGGCGGAAGCGUUAAUUCAGCGAACUCAGGAACUCGGUUCUGCAUGGCCCCUCUAUCCUUCACUGAACACAGCUAUUGAAAAGUCGUAUCGCCUCGGAAACGUGCCGGGACCUUCAUUAUCUUUCCAGCCGUCUUGUGAGGACAGUUUCUCAAGAAACAGACAUGCCUUGUCUGACGCUGUAUCCAAAAUUGCGACUACAAUGGGUGCAGCGCCAGGAACCCGAAAUCCACCAGACGGCAGCCGAACAUACUCCAACAUACGAGGAUUCCAGCCUGGUGCAGGCGAUUCCGACUAUACCUCCACUAUACUCGGCAUAAGCAUCCCUGUAGACGCCCAAUAUAUGACUCCCAAGGAUACGACAAUGGAUACUGGCGACCUUUCCAUGCUGGAUAUAUCCUUUCAGCAACAAACGGGGGGCGAUUCUUCGAUUUUUGGCAAGUCCAAUUCAGCAAAUGAGCUAGGAGCGACGCUACGUCCAUCAGCUCAGAGUCACCCUCACCCACCGACCCCGGAUUCUUCAAGCUCUAAUCCAACGAUACCUGGCAAUCCUAACUUCAGUGACCGGUCCCAACACCCAGGGCCAAAUUCAAGUAGGGACCUUAGUACAUCUAUCACCGAUGGUCAGACCGCACCCAGUGAUAUUGAUGCUAUUUUCAAAGACCUUGCAUAUCUGGACACGACUGAUUGGGCUACAAGUCGUGAGGCAGGCUUGAAGGAUUUUGGGUUUCUAGACGACAGUACUUUCCAGGCAUUUUGUCAUGAUCCUGAUCGUUUGGUCGGAUCUCAGCCACUGGUUCACCCGCCGUCUAUUGCCGACAUUUGGCCUCCCCCGGGAUUUUUCCCGGAGACCUUCCAAGAAUCUACCGACGACAUGGAAAGUUGA